AUGUUUCUACCGGAAGCGCGACGGCGACGACCUCGUUGUGGUCGGCAUGUAUGUCGACGAUCUCCUCGCGACAGGGGCGGGCGCGGCGGCGAUCGAGCGGUUCUUCGCAAGCCUCGCGUAGUAUUCAAUCAUGGACCGAAAGCGUUCAGCAAGUUCCCAAGCACGUGCGUGACGCACGACGGUCGGCGCGGUUACACUCUAGAUCAGGAGGAGGCCAUUAGAGAUCUUUUGCGCGAAUAUGGGCUCUUCAAAUCCAACUCGACGUGGACGCCGAUCGACGACAGCUACUACGAUCCGGAUGAGGGCGACGCGGAGAUUAUCGGGACGCCAAGCGCGCGACCAGGACCAACAGUGCGCCAGUUCCAGUCGCAUGUCGUCUCGCAGCUCUAG